AUGAGUGCAGAAAAAUUGGAAUUCAAUUUACCAGCCGUGUUCACAAUCGGUCCAAGAGAUGAACCAAAAGCGUUAAUAAAAUAUGCGAAAUUAUUAUCAAAUGACAAAAAUAGUGAAGAUGUUAAAGAUUUAGUUAGAGGUAUCAUUGAAGGUGAAACUAGAGUUAUAGCAGCCGCCAUGACCAUGGAAGAAAUGUUUAGAGAAAGGAAAGGUUUCAAGGAGGAAGUAAUUAAAACUGUUCAAGCUGAAUUAGAUCAAUUUGGUUUAUACAUUUAUAAUGCUAAUGUUAAGCAACUUCAAGAUACUCAAGGUUCUGAAUACUUUGCUUAUUUGCGUAUGAAAACUCAAGAAGGUGCAGUAAAUCAAGCAAAGGUUGAUGUAUCUGAAGCAAAAUAUAAGGGUGACGUUGGUACAAAGGAACGAGAAGGAUUGACCAGGAGAGAAAAUUCAAAAAUCGAAGCAGAUACAAUUAUAGUUGAGAAUGAAAAUAAGGUAUCAGUUGCAGAAGCAGAAAUGACUUUAGCCACCAAAAAAUCCGAAUUUGAAAAAUCGACGAAAAUAGCAGAGAUUGAAGCAUCGCAAGCUGCAAAAAUCAGAGAUUCUGAGCUACAAAAACAAGUAGAAGAACGUAGGCUAUUAUCUGAAACAGAACGUUUACGUGUACAAUAUGUUGCCAAGGCUACAGCAGAAUUUGAAGCAGCUAAGGCGAAUGCUAAUGCUAAAUUUUAUGAAAAACAAAAGGAGGCCGAAGCCGAACUUUACCAACAACAGAAAGAUGCAGAAGGGAUUUUGGCUGUUUAUAAUGCUCAGGCUGAAGGUAUCAAAAAUUUGAUGCAGGCUUUUGGUGGGGAUAGCUCUGCAGCUCUUCAAUAUAUUAUGAUUGAACGUGGUGUAUACCAAGAGUUGGCAAAAGAGAAUGCUAAUGCCGUUCAAGGAUUGAAUCCUAAAAUUACCGUUUGGAAUACCGGGGAACAGGGUGGAAAUUCUUCUAUGAAUCCUUUAUCAAAUAUUUUCCAAUCUUUACCCCCUCUGUUAUCUACUGUUCAAGAACAAAUUGGUCUUACUCCUCCAAAUAUGUUGGGAAAUCUGUCAGAUGGGGCUAGUUCUUUUUCAAAAGGAAAAUAG